AAUCAUUUAUUUCUUGGACAAAGCGUUACCACAGAAACAGCCAGUUCAGACUCCUCCGGAUUCUUCUUUAGUGACCUAAAAGGCAAAGUAGCACAAUUAACUAAUUGAAUUUUAAUCUGGAGUGGAAAAGCGUAGGAAAGAUGGGGUUUCUUAAGAUAUUUGGCAAGAAACCAAGACAAAAGGUGGAGCAGGUGGCUACUGUCUAGCAUUUCUUUCCAGUCCACAGUGUAACCUGAAAUGGUAGGAGGAGUGCUCGAAUUUGUUGCGUUAUGAUAGGAGCUGUUCUGGCUAUAUAAACUGGUGGGGCACUUGUUCUACUAUCACUGGCUCAGCACACAUUCUUUAAUAGAUAGUCAGAUACUGCAUAGCAACAACUGCCUUGCUGGACUCAGCUGGAAGACUCGUAGGCGAAGAUCAACUCCCUCCUCCCCCCAAAACACAGGAGAGAAGUUGGAAAUCAGCAUUAUCUGAAGAAUGAACGGCUGUUCUCUGAGCGAUGUUUGUGACAUCUCCAGUAGGCCAUUCUUGGCCGACUCGCCUCUUGAUGGACACAGGCCUAACGAAUCUGAGUAUAAGCACCACCUCUGGCCAGCCCACUCUCCAGACCUCCCAGCAAGAGUGCCGCUUUUGGAGAUGCUGGAAGACCAGGCUCUGAAAGCACCCAUGGAGGAUGUUGAAGUCAAGAUAGAAACGAAAGGGGAAAGGAAGACACAAAACCAGACUCCAGUGAGAAAAUGUGGGAAGCAAGUCUGCAAAGCCGUGGGCUAUAUCACAGGAGACAUGAAACAGUUUGGAAUCUGGCUUCAAGGUAAACCACUCCCAUUUCAGUUUGUCGACUGGGUCCUGCGAGGGAUAUCCCAGGUGAUGUUCGUCAAUAACCCUCUCAGUGGGCUUAUCAUGAUUGUUGGGUUCCUGGUCCAGAAUCGUUGGUGGACGCUCACAGGCUGUUUAGGAACAGUUGUCUCAACAUCAAUAGCACUUCUUCUGCAUCAAGACAGAUCAUCCAUAGCAGCGGGACUGCAUGGCUAUAAUGGGGUCCUGGUGGGACUGCUCAUAGCAGUAUUCUCUGACAAGGGAGAUUUCUAUUGGUGGCUUCUAUUGCCUGUUGCUGUUACAUCCAUGACAUGCCCCAUUUUCUCCAGUGCUUUAGGCUCAAUCUUCAGUAAGUGGGAUCUUCCUGUUUUCACCCUGCCUUUCAACGCAGCAGUGACAUUAUACUCUGCGGCCACUGGACACUACAACCUUUUCUUCCCUACAGUCCUCAUUAAACCUGCAACAUCAGUGCCCAAUAUCACCUGGUCCAACAUUGAUGUGCCAAAGCUGUUACAAUCCAUUCCAGUCGGCGUCGGCCAGGUGUACGGCUGUGAUAACCCCUGGACUGGUGGCAUCUUCCUGGUUGCUUUAUUCAUCUCCUCUCCUCUCAUUUGCUUGCAUGCUGCAAUCGGAUCAGCAGUGGGGAUGCUGGCAGCACUGAGCCUAGCAGCACCUUUUAGCAAUAUCUACGCUGGCUUGUGGAAUUACAACAGUUGCCUCGCAUGCAUCGCUAUCGGGGGCAUGUUCUAUGCUCUGACAUGGCAGACCCACCUGCUAGCAAUUGCCUGUGCGUUCUUUUGUGCCUAUCUGGGAGCAACUGUGGCCAAUAUGUUUUCUGUGUUCGGAUUACCAGCGUUUACCUGGCCUUUCUGCUUGUCUGCACUCACCUUUCUGUUAAUAACCACAAACAUCUCUGCCAUCUACAAGUUACCUCUCGCCAAAGUCACUUACCCAGAAGCCAACCGAGAGUAUUACCUCACAAUGAAGAAGCAGUACCGGGCUUACGAUGGCGCCAGUGGCGCCGUGGCGCCGUGCCCAGACUCAGAAGGGGCCCCGGCCAGUCCAAUCACCCAGCCAGCUGAGCCAGCCAGGAAAGCUGUCUCCGCCCCUGCUCUGCCCCCGCCCCACCUCUUCCCAGCCUUGCUCCACACCAGCCGCACCCCCACUCCAUCCCCUCCCCUAAGCUAUGUGUCCCGGGGGACUGCAGCAGGGGUUGGGCACACCCUGCACUCAGCAGGUGGUGGGAAGUGGAGUGACCCGGCCCCAGCCCGCUCCACUCCCCUGGCUCCUAGCCGUGCCACUGGUGAGUGCCAGGGGGCAGUUCCCCCCUACCCCGCAAGUCCCAAGGCUGGGAACCAGGGGAGCAGAGCAGAGCGGGCAGGGGCCAGGUUACUCCACUUCCCCCCACCCCGUGAGUGCGGGGUCAGACCCACCCUGCAAUCACCGGGUGGCAGGAAGUGGAGCGACCCAGUCCCAACCCGCUCCGCUCCGCUGGCUCGUGCUGGGUGGCGGUUUACCCCCUGCCCCGCAAGCCUGGGGAGGAGAUGGAGCAGUGGGGAAGGGGCAUGGGAUGGGGAAAAGAAAGGG